UUCAGGUAUUUGGGCAUUGAGAAUUGUCCCUAAAGCUUUGGACUUAAUUCCAAACAGUCUGUAUGAAAAAUGCAUCCUUCCUCAAUGCAUACAUCAGUAGAUUAUUAAAUUGUGUUUUACUUAGGGACAAAGUGGAAAACAAAAUAAAAUGUCAGUAUGUAAUAAAAAAUGCCUUACAAUCAAGCAGCGUGCCCAGUGUUCCCCCAAAAGAGAUGACAGGAGAAUCAGGACAAGUAACAGAAAUCAGAAACCUGGUCAAAUAAAUGAAUUUAGCCAGAGAUAGGUCUGCUUAAAUCUAAUAGGUCAUAUAGUUGGGGGAGGUGGUAGCACAUACAAUGUUCACUGUAAUGGAGUGAAUGUUGGAUUUUUUCCGGGAAUCAAAAAAACAACACGGUGUGGAAUCGACUCCAUCGAUUCGCUUCACCUGGGAUUACAACUGGAGUCGACUCCAGAACUGCUGGAAUCGAACAGCCCGGUGCAACGAUGAAAGCUUUUCUUCGCGUCUGCCUACGCGACUUACGUAAACUGCGUUAGACUAGCGCUUAAUUUUCGCUGAUAGCAGAAUAGCUAGACUGCCACUUACUCUGUGUCAUCUGUAAAACAUUUUCUUCUAGCUCCUCCCUUACUAUACCAAGGAUGCUCUUCUAGGGCUGAACUGAAUCUCAACGGAGAGAGGGAGGCUUUCAGGAGUCAGAAAACCGCCUCCUUUGUUUUUAGCACGACAUUAGCAGGAAACCUUUUCCCUUCAUUUCACUAAUCCUGCCAGAUAUCAUUUUCUAAAAAACGCCUAAUAACGUAGGACAUACAUGCAAAUAUGGAAAAUAGAGUCAAAAAUGGGACACUCACAGGAGAACAUGCACUCCAGGAGAACAAACUGAGCAACACACUGCUCAGCCUUACUGGGCACUGUACAGUGGGCAAAGUAGUAAGGCUGUGAUCUUAACCCACCCUAAUGUGUACCAUGAACAGCACUGGCUGGGCAUUGGAUCAGGCAGACAUCGGAAGGCACCAGGCCUUCAAUGUCUCCUCAGGGCAGAGUCCCGCCCCCAGCGGCUGGGCCUUGAUCCACACAGCUACGCUGGCGUCCUGCUCAAUGCUCCUCAUCCUCAUCUUCUGCCUGGGCUCUUAUGGCAACCUGGUGGUGUUCCUAUCCUUCUUCGAUCCUGCGUUCCGCAAGUUACGCACCAACUUUGACUUCAUGAUCCUCAACCUGUCCUUCUGCGAUCUGUUCAUCUGCUGUAUCACUGCACCCAUGUUUGCGCUCGUACUCUUCUUGGAUGCGGGGGAGGGCGGAGGCGGUGUUUCCAAGGGCUUCUGCUUCGCCUUCCACCUCACCAGCUCAGGUUUCAUCAUCAUGUCUCUGGAGACGGUAGCCGUCAUCGCCCUGCAUCGGUUGCGCAUGGUCCUGGGCCAGCAGCCGAACCACACUGCCUCCUUCCCCUGCACCUUAGCUCUUACUGCCCUGUUGUGGACAUCUAGCUUCACCCUGGCAGCUCUGGUCACUGUGCGAGCCUAUCCCAGGAGCCCUGGGCCCUGCAUGCCGCACUUUGGCCUCACAGGGAACCGGGCCAAGGUGGUAUUGUACGUGUACCUCGCGGAUUUUGCCUUCUGUGUGGGUGUGGUGUCCAUCUCGUACCUGAUGAUCGCGCAGGCAUUGCGAAAGAACGCCCAGGUACGCAAGUGUCCAAUCAUCACAGUGGAUGCCACGCGCCCCCCGGGCCCACCACCACCCUUCCUUGCCGCUGGUUUUGAGGGCAUGCAGUGUGCUGUCCCAGUGCCAUCUCUUUACCGCAACCAGACAUACAACAAGCUCCAGCACGUGCAGACGCACCCAUUCACAAAAAGGAACAGUGGUGCCCUGGUGCCAGGGGCUGCCACAGGAGCCACCUGCUGCCAGAUAGUGUCCACAGUUAAUCUGGCCACAGCUAAGGAUUCCAAAGCUGUGGUGACGUGCGUGGUCAUAGUCAUUUCUGUGCUGUUUUGCUGCUUGCCCAUGGGCGUCUCUCUGGCACAGGAUGUCUUGUCCCCAGAAAGUGGCUUUGUCCAUUACCAGUUUGAACUUUGUGGGUUCACCCUCAUCUUCCUCAAGUCAGGCAUAAACCCAUUUGUGUACUCUCGGAACAGUGCAGGCCUGCGGCGCCGGGUGCUUUGCUGCCUCCAAUGGCUGGCGCUUGGCUUCCUCUGCUGCAAGCACAAGACCCGGCUCCAUGCCAUGGGUAAGGGAAGCCUUGAGGUCAACCGCAACAAGUCCUCGCACCAUGAGACCAACUCAGCCUACGUGCUGUCUCCUAAGCCGCAGAAGCGGCUUGUGGACCAGGCCUGCGGGCCUAGCCACUCUCGCAACAGCAUGCCCAGCCCACGUGCCAUGGCUGGACGCAAGCCCCGGCCCCCGAGCACCUCCACGCCCAUCAACACUCGCAUAGAGCCCUAUUACAGCAUUUACAACAGCAGCCCCUCAGCUGGACCCAGUUCCCCCAACAGCCUGCAGCCAGUCAACUCUCAGACCACCGCCUUUGCUAAGAGCUACGUAGCCAUGCACUACCACACCCACCAGGAGGUGCUGCAGGACUUUGACAGUACCUCAGCCCAUCAGAUCCCCGUCCCCUCAGUGUGAGAGGCCUGUGCUACCUUUCAGAGCACAGAAGUGUUAGAAUGUCAGUCUGCUUGCUUACAGUAUGUAUAAAGGAACAUUACAGUAUUUGGUUGUGAUAUACCAGUGUUUUUUUUCAAGAGAAAAAAAAUAAAUAAAUAAAAGUGGAUAUUAAUUCAGAUUACUAAAGUAAUUGUUUCAAUCCCCAGUGUUAAUGUUC